GCAAGAAAGCCGCACAUCUGGGGGCGAGCGCUGCGUAAGAAGGAUGUGAGCAGGAGUGGCCCUUGGGCCUUUAUAUAGAGCUGCGUUCAGACUUUGGGACACAGAAUCAGCUGAAGUUUCCCCAAGCUUGCUGUAGAAUUCAACUUAUACGUUUCUGGAUUCAACCUUCACUCUUUUUAAGAAUGGAAGGAAGAAAGAAAUAUGGAAUGAGGAACAUAGUCCUCAUGCUCCUACUGGCUUUGCUACAGAGAUUCCGACUUGUGGAUUCUCUUCCAAACCCCUCUCCACUUGUUGGAUCCAACUGGGGGAAUCCAAGACGAUACGUGCACCUGCAGACAUCGACGGACCUAAACAAUUUCUACCUUGAGAUUAGUUUGAAUGGCCAUGUGCGUAAAACUACCGUUAGAAGUUCUUACAGUGUAAUUUUGAUGAAGGCUGAAACAAGGGAACGUGUUGCAAUCCUUGGUGUCAAAAGUAACCGUUACUUGUGUAUGGAUACAGUGGGUAACCCUUUCAGUUCUCCUAUUUGCCAGAAGGAUGACUGUCUUUUCAACCACAAACUUCUUGAGAAUCACCGAGACGUAUACUAUUCGUGCAGAACUGGCAUCUUGUUUAACUUGGAAGGAAUAAUACAGGUGUACGCCUUUGGUCAGAACCUACCACAAACGUCCCUUUUCCUCUCGGAGCAGAACACGGUGCCGCUGGAGCGCCUCCUGCACAGGGAGAAAAGAAACCGUGUCGUUGAUCCUUCCGAUCCACACAACGUAUAUGGGCAGACCGAAGAAGGCUCUGACUCCAAAGCGAUGCCGGAGGAGGACGCCGACCAGGAGGUUGAACUUCCAGAAGGGGCCGUUAACGUUUCCAGAGAGACACCUCUGUCUCCAUCCACUCACGACCCCUGGAACGUGCAUUCCACCAACUCCAACGUUAGCCCGCGUAUUACUGGAACGAUGGGAUGAGAGGACCACCUGUAAUUGUGUACCCGGACACAAUGUCUGUUUUCACGUCGGGUCUUUAACAGCUGGUCUGAUAAAUACCCUUAACCAUGAAGUGCUGUUGUUCGGUAGCACUGCCUAUGCAAGACCCACUUCUGCCUUACAUAUUUACAUGCUUUAGAUGCUUUCUGAAGGCAUGGCCAGGAAUUCUAACAAAAGUAGGACGGUAGAUUGAGAUGGUUCAGUGAACAAUUCUAUUGCGAAAAUAGAAUAUGUAACUUUGUUAAUGGUUUUCGGGAACGCACAAGCGUUCUUGAGCUACUCAUGGUCCAACUGAUGUCUGACGACAGUCUUUGAAUAUUUGUUUAAGUUUAC